AUGCAAUUUCAUGUGCGAAAAGAUAUGUUAACGACCAAAAAAAUUGAAAAGUACCUGGAAGUGACAGAUGAAUGUAAGAAACUAUUUGACCAGUCAAAAGAUCCAAUAGUUGUCAUUUUACAACAAAAUCAAGGUGGAUUUGUUGACUUGGAAGACCAUUUGCAAAACUCACUUGCACCUUAUCGUAUUAUAGAAUCAGAAGUUGCAAUGAGAAUAGACAAAAGUAGUGAACGUGUUAUAAGGUUCAGAGUGGGCUCUGGUUUAAUAGACCCCGAGACAUUAGAACCAAGAGUCCCUGACGUCAAUGGAACUUAUGAAGGCCCACUUGGUCCUUGGUAUGAUUCUCCAGAAACAGACUUAUUUGGUGAUGUCAAGUUUGUGAGAACACAAAAAUCGUUAUUUAAAAAACAUUAUGAAAUGAAGUACAAUAUGACGAAUGUAAGAAACCCGAAUGAAAUUAUUAUUUUCACUGACCAAUUCUGUUUCUCUGCUUGUAACGCGUUUGCUAAACAAUUCAGAGAGAAAAACUCGGGUAUUUUGGUCGCAUAUUCUGGCCUCGUUCAAUCAGAUUUAAGAGAUGUUGGACAAAGUCCCACCGUUGUUAUUCAAGACUCUUUGAUUCAUGGAAAUAACGAAACUGUGCUGUUGGAACACGGAAUGACUCUUUCAAUAUCUUUUGCCCCGAAUUACCCACUCAACAGAACACACAAAACAGUACCAGAUGAAUUUAUUGUACAUCAACCAAAUGAAUACGCAUUACUUGAAUUUUAUGAAGAAACAGAAGAAUCAUUAAUUUCAUUUUUGAAUGAAGCACAAAUCGUGUAUGAAAAAUACAAAGAGUUUUGUGUUGAUGGCAUGGUUCUAUAUGAAAAAAGCUGUAUUGGAAAUAAAAAUAGUGUUGGCGGGUAUAAAUGCAAAAAUGGGAAAUAUGACAGGAGUAAAUGUGUACUUGUUGGAUGCAAAAAUGGAAUAGAGCUCAAUCAAACAACUGGUUUUUGUGGUGAUGACAAAAACGAAGAUUUCAUCAAUGGAGCUGUCACAACUUUGGUGUCACUAUUUGUACUCGUCUUUUUAAACAAAACCAAAGAAAUGAAGAUGCAAAUAAUUAAAUAUAAUCCAGCUUUAUUUACAGUUUCCUUCACUCGGUUUUCAAUAGCCACCACUUAA